UUCUUUCAGAUCUGCUGACAGAAGGUUCCACACAGAUGUUUAGAUUGCUGCAGUAGAGUCUAGCAUUUCUCACCAUUUCAGGCUAGUAUUGUCCCAGGAUGAAAAUGGAAACCCGAGAAGACUUUACAAGUUGUUUACCAGGGCAGGUGCCACGGGAUUUAAGAGGGAGCUGCCAUGUUGGGAUGACGGAGGCAUUCUUGCCAAGGAGACCAACGGAGGUGAAACAAGAGCACGACAAAGACUCGCUUCAGCAGUGGGAAACCAAAUGGCAGGAGUUAUUGAAGAGCCUGGAAGGCCCUCACCCAAACUCGGGGACCUCAGAGUCAAGGGAGGAGCCAUGGGAUGAUGCCAAAGCUUUCCUGGCCUCCUUUGAGCAAGUGGCCCAAGCCUGCCGGUGGCCCAAGGAAGAGUGGGUGCCCAGGCUCCUCCCAGCAUUGAGCGGAGAGGCCAAGCGGGCCUUCACCGGCCUGGAGGUUGAAAGCAGGGAGGAUUAUGGGAAAGUGAAGGCUGCCAUCUUGCAUGGGGACGCCAUGCGGCAGGAGGCGCAGCGGCAGUGUUUCAGACAUUUUUGCUACCAAGAGGCUGAGGGGCCGAGAGGGACUUAUGGCCAGCUUCAGAAACUAUGUUGCCGGUGGCUGAAAGUGGAAAGGCAUUCGAAGGAGCAGAUCCUGGAGCUACUGGUCUUGGAGCAGUUCUUGGCUGUCCUGCCUCCAGAGAUAGAGGCCUGGGUCAAGGAAUGUGGUCCAGAGACUUGCUCCCAGGCCGUGGCCUUGGCGGAGGACUUUCUCCAGAAGCAGCAAGAGGCCAAGAGGCAGGCAAACCAGAUGCCAUUACAGGGAGAGGAGAUGGUGGGUUCACCUGAAGCUGGCCAAGCCCUGCCUGAGAUUGAGCAGAAGAAGCUUAGUAUGGAGAUCAAACAGGAAGAUGAUGGCGGGGAUGCUGGACCGUUGGGUGAUGAAUGGAAAAGUGAGAAUGUGAGGCAAUUGGAUGAGGAUUCCUCAGAAAGGACAGAGUGUGAAGCAUUGAAGGAGAAUGUUUGGAGCCAAGGUGGGCCAUCGAGUCAAGAUGGAAGCCACCAGGAAGAGCUGGAAGUCAAAUCCUUCCCAUUUCAGGUGGAAGUCUUGCACAAAAUCUCAGUCCAGCAGGAAAGUGAAACAGAAAAAAAAGAGAUGACUUCCCCCAAUGUUCAUUGUAGAAGUUACCCUGAGGGCGAAUCAGAUUUAAUGUUUGAAAAGGACUUCAAUCAGAGUGGAAACCUUACUGAAUAUGAAAUGCUUUAUGAAGGGACGAGUUCAGAGUUAUUGAAUCAAAAUAUUUCUGCAAAUGAGAGACAGUGUAUGAAUUUGGAUCUUAAGAAGAUGAAGCAUCCAAGGAUCCGAAAAAGGGAUAACCUGUAUAAAUGUUUGGAGUGUGGGAGAUGCUUUGGUCGGAAGGACCAUCUCAAGUCACAUGAAAUCAUCCACACGGGAGAGAAGCCGCAUGAGUGCUUGGCAUGCGGGAAAUGCUUUGUUCGGAGUGCCCACUUGCUUAGGCAUCAGGAGAUUCACAAGGAGAAGAAACCAUACCGCUGCCUGGAUUGCACCAAAAGUUUUGACGACAAGCCAACGCUCAUUGAGCACCAAAGAGUGCACACGAGGAAGACGGCCUAUAAAUGUACAGAGUGCGGAAAGAGUUUCCGCAACCAAUCCAUCCUUGUCAGGCAUAAGAGAGUCCACACCGGAGAGAAACCGUACACCUGUUCAGAGUGCGGGAAGGGCUUCAGCCAAAGUUACAGCCUGACUUUACAUCAGAGAAUCCAUGCCAAGAGAAGCUGCCCCUCGAAACUCAGCAUUGGCUGAACGCCCGCAUGGCUGUGUUAGUCUUUUCACCCAAACUAACAAAAAGUCUAGUAACAUCUUAAAAAUAAAUACCCUAUAUCAGG